AUGGCCGAGUUCGCCUACAACAAUAGCUACCAAGCGAGUAUAGAGAUGGCACUGUUUGAAGCUCUCUACGGGCGGAAGUGCCGAUCUCCUAUACAUUGGAGUGAGGUGGGUGAACGGGUAGUUUUGGGCCCCGAUGUGUUGCGAGAGGCGGAGGAGAAAGUCCUCCUUGCUCGCCAAAGGUUGUUGACGGCUCAGACGAGGCAAAAGAGUUAUGCAAAUAAACGCCGUCGAGAUCUAGAAUUCGCGGUUGUAGACCGCGUCUUCUUGAAAGUUUCGCCCAUGAGGGGUGUGAAGAGGUUUGAAGUUCGGGGAAAGCUUAGUCCCCAGUAUAUCGGACCGUAUGAGUACGUUCAUGACCCCGAGCAUAUGCUCUUGUUCGAACCGCCCAAGCUUCAAGAGGAUAUGACCUAUGAGGAAUUCCCGGUGUUCAUCAUUGCUCGAGAGGUGAGAAAGUUACGGAACUGCGAGAUUCCGUAUGUUAAAGUCCAGUGGAGCAAUCACGAUGAUUGGGAGGCUACUUCGGAGCUCGAGGAGGCGAUGAGAAAGCGUCAUCCUCAUCUUUUCGAAUAUUUGGAUUGA